CAACAUGGCAAGGAAAUAUUUCACAACUAUCACAGUUCUACUCUGAUGAUUGUUGCUAUGGCAGUCUACUUUCUGUCAGGAUGAAAGCACGGACGAUACUCCUGAAGCAUAUGAAAAUUGAGAUUUGUUCCUUGAAAAUGGGAUCUGAUUAUACGAUGGAGAUACAGUACUAACUCCCCCACCAACAAUUGAUCACUUAAUGCUAUUUUUAACAUUUGACCAGAGGCAGAAUAUUGACCAGUCUGGGAGGGGAAAUCACGCUCGGGGACCUACAACCAGAGGGCCUGGCUAUUUCCUCUCUCAAGGAUACUCUGGACACUUCCAAGGAGAGCAAAAUAUAAAUGUUCCUACAAGCUCAGAUAUAAACUCAGCUUUCGAGGGAGAGUACUCUAUGUCUUUCUGGAUUUUUAUAAAUUCUUUUGGUACUCUCACCACUGAGCAAUGUAACAUAAUUGAGAAGGGAAAUCAGCAUACUUCUGACUUCUCAUUCACAAUUGAAAUGUCCAGCAGAGAGAUUCUCAUUACUGUUGUGACUUCAGCAGGAGAGCAAACUCUGACCUCGAAUGCAAGGCUUUUGUCUCACAGAUGGACACAUAUCUCAUUCUUUAAGACAAGAAGGCUGCUUGUUCUGUAUGUCAAUGGAAAUCUAGACGCUGUCCUUCAAAUCCAAGCUGGAGCAGAGAUCUCAGAUGGUGAUCUCUAUUUGGGAAGAAUGCCAUGGCAAGAUUAUAUCGGCAGUGGAUGCACCCUAAACUUUUACCUUGACGAGUUUAAAUUUUGGGAUACUGUGAUAGAAGAAUCUUAUAUUGAAGCUGAAUCUGGGCUUGCUGUUGGAGCAGGAAUUGACCCCCACUCCAUCCAGUUAGGAUGAGUAAACUGAGGUAUUAACAGAGCUUCACAAUCAUGCACCGAUGAAUAUCACCUUUGAACAACAAUCGAGUUAUACAGUUUUGCUUUCUCAGCAGCUAAAAGCAUGGGCUGGGCAAGAUCUGGUCAAAGAAUAUGGAGUGAUAGAGCUGAAGAAGAAGACAGUAGUGACCUUGGACUUGCACUCUGCUGUAGAAAUUAUUAA